AUGCUGGUACCGUACGUCGGCGAACCGGGCACUAGCAGCCUGAGUGCCUUAUUAUUCACCGCGCUUGGAUUGGCUCUUUUGUACGUGGCAUGUCUGGUGGUGUAUCGCAUCUACUUCCACCCACUCGCGAAAUUUCCUGGGCCCAAGCUCGCGGCGGCGACACUGUGGUAUGAAUUCUACCACGACGUGGUGAAACGAGGCCAAUUCACCUUCAAGAUCAAGGAGCUACACCAGAAAUAUGGUCCCAUCAUUCGAAUCAACCCUCAUGAGAUUCAUGUGUACGACCCGGCCUUCUACGAUGAGCUGUACACGAAUCCUCCGAGGAAGCGCGACAAGUACCAAUGGUGGGUGAACCUAGCGUCGGCGCAAGGGUCGAUGUUCAGCACUGUGCCACACAAUCUGCACCGCUUGCGUCGGAGUGUUCUCAACCCAUACUUCUCCAAAGCCAACAUCUUCCGUCUCGAGCCGUUCAUCAUGGAGCGAAUUGAGAAGCUGUCCAAACGCCUCGCCGAUGCGGCAGAUACCGAACAAGUUGUUCGGCUCGACGUGGCAUUCAUGGCCUUGACCACCGACACAAUUUCGUUGUACGCAUUUGGCCUGGACCCGAAGUACCUGGACGAACCGGAUUUUUCUCUCAUGUGGAAGGAGACCAUCAAAGGCGGCUUUGAGACUGGCGCGCUGUGUCGCCAAUUUCCCUGGCUGGUUCCUACGAUGAAAAGACUACCGCCGAGCCUCGUUGCUGCCAUGAAUCCGCAAGUAGGGUUCUUGAUGCGAUGGCAGAACCGGGCAAAGGCAAACGUGCAGCGCAUCCUGGAUGAGAAGAAGCAGCAGCAAGACCGAAACGAGGAAUCCAAAUCGGAUGAUGAUAAGAGCAGCGGUACUUCUCCGCCGCAGACAAUGUUCCACGCUCUCCGUGACAGUGAUCUACCAGCAUCCGAGAAAUCUCUCGAGCGCCUAUGUGAUGAAGCAGAAAUUGUUCUCGGUGCAGGAAGUGAGACGACGGCAGCCACGCUUUCGCGGAUCUGGUUCUAUCUGUUACAAUCGCCAUCCAUCCUCGCCCGUUUACGGGCUGAGCUGCGCACCAUUAUUCCAUCUCCAGAUUCCCCGAUUCCCAAACUGUCCGUCAUCGAACGGCUACCGUACCUUUCUGCCGUCAUCAGUGAGGGUCUCCGAAUCAGCUACAGUGUCACCACACGCACGCCACGCAUUGCUCCCAACGAAACACUCCGAUACAAAGACUGGUCCAUCCCGCCUGGAACUCCUGUGUCCAUGACCAACGCGCUGGUGCUCAUGGAUCCGGACAUCUUCCCCGACCCGGACACUUUCAACCCGGACCGCUGGCUGGAGGGCGGUCAUGGCCUGGAAAAGUAUCAGGUCGCUUUCUCAAAGGGGUCGCGCCAGUGCUUGGGAAUGAAUCUGGCGUAUGCCGAGAUGUACUUGUCCAUGGCUGCGCUGUGGAGUCGCUUUGAUUUCGAGCUGUUUGAGACGACUUUGGAUGAUGUGCUUUGGAAACAUGAUUUCUUUACUGCUUUUCCGGACGAUGAAAGUAAGGGCGUUCGUGUCAAGGUGAGGCAGAGGAGGGAUUGA